AAGCCGCGGCUUGCAGUAGCGGCGCGAGCCGAGCUCGAGAGAGGAGCGUCACUGUGCUGACAGGCGCGCGCUUCCCGCCUUUCUAACGGCUCUGUGUGGAGGAGCGCGCGAGAGAGACCCGGAUUAACACCGAAUAAACAAACACUCACAUAAACACCAGCGGGCUGAUGGAGGAGAGUUCCUGAACACCGGGAGGAGAGUUCCUGAACACCGGGAGGAGAGUUCCUGAACAGCGGGAGGAGAGUUCCUGAACACCGGGAGGAGAGUUCCUGAACACCGGGAGGAGAGUUCCUGAACACCGGGAGGAGAGUUCCUGAACAGCGGGAGGGGUUCCAUCUCUCCGGGGAAUGAGAGACACGCGCGCCGCUUUGGGCUCUGAGGCAGCAGGACUUCACUAGUGCAGCCACGGCGUGAAACUGAAGUGAAGCCGAGGUGUCCUUGCUUGCACGCAGUAAUCGUGAUGGUGAUCAUGCGAGAGGCGAGUGCAGGAGGUCCGGCGGCUGUGUCUGCCCAGGGUCGACCCCUGCAGGUGGGCUUCUACGAGAUCAUCCGCACGCUGGGGAAGGGCAACUUCGCUGUGGUUAAACUGGCCAGGCACAAAGUGACUAAAACCCAGGUUGCCAUUAAAAUAAUCGAUAAGACCCGUCUGAACUCGUCCAAUCUGGAGAAGAUCUACAGGGAGGUGCAGAUCAUGAAGCUGCUGAAUCACCCGCACAUCAUUAAGCUUUACCAGGUCAUGGAGACCAAAGACAUGCUGUAUAUCGUAACGGAGUACGCAAAAAACGGCGAGAUGUUCGACUAUCUGACAUCUAACGGACGCAUGAGCGAAGCCGAGGCAAGAAUGAAGUUCUGGCAGAUCCUCACAGCUGUCGACUACUGCCACCGCCACCACAUCGUCCAUCGAGACCUCAAGACCGAGAACCUGCUGCUGGACGCCAACAUGAACAUCAAACUCGCAGACUUUGGGUUUGGAAACUUCUACAAUGCUGGAGAGCCUCUGUCCACGUGGUGUGGCAGCCCACCGUAUGCCGCACCUGAGGUCUUCGAGGGAAAAGAGUACGAAGGACCACAGCUGGACAUUUGGAGUCUGGGUGUAGUGCUGUACGUGUUGGUGUGUGGCUCGCUGCCAUUCGAUGGAGAAAGCCUGCCAGUGCUGAGACAGAGAGUGACGGAAGGACGCUUCAGAAUACCCUUCUUCAUGUCAGAAGACUGUGAGAAUCUGAUCCGGAAGAUGCUGGUGGUGGACCCAGCCAAGCGGAUCAGCAUCGCUCAGAUCAAGCAGCACCGCUGGAUGUUAGCCGACCCCAAUGCGCCCCACCAGACGCUCUCACACUCCCUCACCGACUACAACUCUAACCUGGGGGACUACAGCGAGCCCGUCCUGAGCAUCAUGCACACGCUGGGCAUCGACCGCCAGAGGACUGUGGAGUCUCUCCAGAGCAGCAGCUACAAUCACUUCUCAGCCAUCUACUAUCUGCUGCUGGAGCGGGUUAAAGAGCACCGGAGCCAGCAACUGACCCGGCAGUGCGGCGGCGCUUGGACCCAAAGGGGCAGGAGCACGUCUGACUCGCCGUCCAGCCCAGAGGUGAUGGUGGAGUCAUCCGACAGCUUCUGCCCAGCUUUGCCCAUCGCCACGGCAAUGAGCACAGCGGUGCACUCACAGAUGGAGUGGGACCAGGGAGGUCUGUUUCAGCGGGUGGUGUGUCCAGUGGAGGCCAGUCUCAGCGGGCUCCUCUGGAAUCGCUCCAUCUCUCCCAACAGUCUCCUGGAGACCACCAUCAAUGAAGAGGUGCGUCCCGGAGACCUGGAAGAGGAGGACGGAGUGCUACAAGCCCCACCCACGCUCUUCCUAAACACCGCUUCACGUAGACACACCCUCGCCGAAGUCUCCACCCGCUUCCAUCUCUGCAACCCUCCCUGUAUUGUGAUCAGUCCAUCAGACGGAGCUUCAUCAGACAGCUGUCUGAAGUCAUCGUCCAAUCCAACUCCACCCCUUUCCACCGCCGCAGUAGGAGAUCUCUCGGCACUGAUGGCGUCCGGGUUUGGACCCGGGACAUCGGGGCCAGUCGGAGCCCCUCUGGCUCUGUCCUCCAACCGAAUCCUGCAGAACCAGGGCAGUCUCCAUGCAGCCAGCUUCCAGGAAGGACGCCGAGCUUCUGAUACCUCCCUCACACAAGGACUGAAAGCCUUCCGUCAGCAGUUGAGGAAGAACUCUCGUACCAAAGGUCUCCUGGGCCUGAAUAAGAUCAAGGGCCUGGCGAGACAGGUGUGUCCUCCAGCCUCGUGCUCCAGGGGAAGCAGGGGGUCGUUAGGGCCAACCCUGUGCCCCCUGUCAGGCCUGCAGGGUGCCGGAGGACCUCGAGAGCGACGCAGCAUGCUGGAGGAGGUGCUGCAUCAGCAGAGAAUGCUACAAAUCCAGCACCAGCCCCAGCAGCAGAGUGCUGUGUUCUACCAGCUGCCUUCCUCUUCCUGUUCUUCCUCCUCUUCCUGUUCUUCCUCCUCUUCCUCUUCACCUCCCUCCAACAGCCUGUUUGCUCCAGCUGCUUUAUUCUCCAACCUUCCAGCCCAGGCUCCCCAGACCCAGCUGAUUCCUGCAUGCCAUCAGAGCUCUGCUCCUCUUCAGCACCAUCUGUGGCAGCAGAGUGUGGACUCUUCUUCCUCGUACUCGUCCCUGUCCCCGGUGGUGUCCGCGGCUCACCUGCUGGAAGCCCGACUGCACAUCAGCCAGCAGCCGCACUUCCAAGCACAUCCUCAUCCUCAGCCACAGAGCUACACCCAGGGACAGCUGUCGCUCUUACCGCAGCAGGUGGGCUGGAGCCGGGGGGUCAGUGGGAGCCCCGACACCCCCGAGCUCCAGGAGCAGCUCAACAGCUGUGUGAUGGUCAAAUAGUGACGGGGAAGUGUUUCCUGAUCUGGAGUGGAGCAACACUGACUCGCAGGAUGAGAACACUUCAUGUCCGAAGUGUGUGUGUGUGUGUGUGAGAGAGAGCAGGAAUUCACAAGAAGACAAAGAAGCAAUAAUCAAACUUUACAGACGUCACACUCGUCCCCCAGCCUGAGAAAGCAAUAACACACACGUACACACAGGACAGAUGUCUAUGUUUUAAAAUAAUCUCGUCACACUGGUAAAUUUAUUCAUUCUUACAGAUGAUGUAUGAACAAUAGGACGGUCUUCCUCACAUGGAUGGAUUUUAUUAUUACUUUUUUUCCCCCUUUGGUUGCUGUAACUUUUCUCACUUCACUGUAGAAGACCAAAGUUUCUUUUAACCUUUUUUUUUACAUUGUUCAAAUUGAAAUGCAGUAUGCGGGGUUUGUAAUUGAGGAAACCGCAGCACUCGGCACAGAACAGCUGAACAAAAGCUGCUUUAGGAGCGGAGCCGAGGGCCAUUCACGGUACUUUAUUAAUUUAAACAUAUGCAUAAAUACAAUAAGAGACAGGGAUGAGAAACUCAACACCAUCAACUUGAUGCAUCUUGAUUUUUAUCACAUUUUUUUCUCCAAUACAUCGAUCCGUUACAUAAUCAUUACAACGUAUUAUUAUUAUUAUUAUUAUUAUGAGUCGUUAUGUAAAACACUUGGGUGAGUGUAGUUGGUACUGUCAAUUUAAAUAUUUUAACAUUUAUAAACUGCAGGUUCUGUUAUUUUGACUAAAUAUCUCAUUAUUUUGAAUAAAUAUCUUGUUUUUUUACUGAUAGAUUUUGGGAUGUUAACUAUUUAUCAAUGAGUAAUUUAUUGAAUAUUAUUAAAUUGAGCCCUGUGAUGACCUGGCGACUUGUCCAGGGUGAACCCUGCCUUUCGCCCGUAGUCAGCUGGGAUAGGCUCCAGCUCGCCUGCGACCCUGUAGAACAGGAUAAAGCGGCUACAGAUAAUGAGAUGAGAUGAGAAUGAGAUUAUUAAAUUGAAAUAAUGAGAGAGUAACACAUUAUUUCAAGGUAUUAAAUCAAAAUUAUCAGAUGUUCAGUUGCAAUAAGAGUUCGACUGGAAGUAAUGAUUUAGGUCAAAGUAACGAGAACUUGAAAUAAUGAGCUAAGUUAAAAUAUCUUAAACUAAUGUAUUUAUAAAUCAAAAUGAUGAGAUCAUUCAAAAUAACCAGAUAUUACAUUAAAAUAAAGUGUUCACUCACACACACACACACACACACACACAGGUUUCCAUUAAAGAAAACAUGGUAAAUUUAAUUUUGAGCGCCAGAGAAUCAUGAUGCACCAGCCUGUUGAUUGUUAAUAAAAUGGGAGAAAGCCUGAUGACCUCCUGCUCCACUGCUCAGCACCGCGACAUGUUUAGAUUCUCGUCAUAUUAAACACACAAGGAGCUGCUGUGACUCCUGCUCAGUCCUGCUCCUGAGAAAUGAGGAUAAAAAAGAAAAGGCACAGCUCCGCCUCUGUCGUAUCACUACCUCUUCCUCCUCUUCCUCCGCACUGCAGCGAGGUUCUCCCAGAACAAAGCUUACGGGAUUAGUGCAAUAUUUCACGCUCAGCUGUAGUACCUGCAACACUUGUAGUACCUCUACUUUACUCGUAGUACCGAUAGUACCUGUAGUACCAGGUUGAGAAGCUGGUACUCCAUGCACAAUCUUUUUUUGUUUGUUUGUUUCUCUUACCUUUUUGUCAGGAUAAGUCCGUCAGAUUCUUUAAAACAAAGUUAGAGUGGUGUUCGUGAUUAGUUUUUUUCACAAACUCUCGUGGUUACCAGAGGAUCCCCCCCCCCCGUAACCCUAGCUAUGUAAUCGGCGAGAGGCCGAGGGCUACAGGAACAGAUCAGCGCCGCCUACUGCACCAUAUGGUGCGGUAAAGACUUUAAACUUAGUUCAUGAUUAGCGUGAACAGCUGUCUGGGUGUUUUUUUUUUUUUUUUAUAAACAUUUUUUUAACAAAUUUUGUUUGUGUGAUUUUCAGACAUUCGACUUCCUAAGAAGUAAAUUUAUCUCUUAAUUUUUUCUGACAUUUAAAUUGUUUUUGAGUGGCUCCAUAAAUUAGGGCUGGGUGAUUUUCUUAAUAUUUAAUUAAUUUAUUUAUUUAUUAUUAAAUAAAAUUAUAAUAUAUUUAUGUUUUUAUAUUUAACAAAUAACACUUUCAUUUGCAGAAAAAUAAACUAAAAUAUUUACAACUGAGAUAAAGUUCACAUCUGCUUUCAGUCUCAGUAAAAAGUAUAUUGCGACAUCAUUUAUCGAGAUAUCGCUGUGAUAGUAUCAUAUCGCCCAGCCCUAAGCUAAAUGUUCCCCAACUGUCUAUAAACACCUUUUAUUUUUAACAUCCACAAAGUGUUUAUUUAUACUCAGUGUUAAAUAAAUUGAAAACAAUCCAGGAAGUUACUGAAACAAUCCUUUAUUUUAUUAUUAUGGUUUUUUUUUUUUUUCACAAAUUGUGAUUUUUUUUGUUGUUCUCUGAUGGAACAGCAGUGCAGACAGAAAAGUAAUGUUUCUGUGAGAAAGUGCAGACUCCCCUGAAGGUCCCAGUGAUCAUGUCUGCAUUAAUGUACGCUUUAUUUUCCUUUUUAAACAUUCUGUAGCAAUAUAUUUCUGACAAGAUGGUGCAGUUCGGUGCUCACAGUAGAUUUUAAACAGGGUAUUUGUGUGUGUGUGUGUGUGUGUGUGUGUGUGUGUGUGCACUAUUUGUCCCCCAAACUGCACGUCUGUCUCUUUUAGUUGGAGAAACAGGGUUCAAAAUCCAGUGACUGAAAAUUAUAAGCUGAAAUCAACACGAUUCUCAGAAACAGUGUUAUUCUGAUUUAUUUUAACGUUAUUGUUUUGGUUUUUUAAAGAUUUCCUCUCACCAGUGAUGCUUGUGCCUUUUUUCUGAACAAAUCCCAUGGUGAGGAAAGCAAUUCCUUUUUUGUUUGUUUGUGGGUUUUUUCCCCUGCUGUACUGACUUUGAGAAAACGUGGCUCUUUGGCUUGCAGUGAAUCAGACAGAACCUUCUUUUUAAAUUAUUUUCCUUUUCUUUUCCCCUUUGUUUUUCAGAAUAAUGCACUUUAUGAUGAAUAUUUCUCCUUCUGAAAAUAGUGUUGUUUCCACUGCUGGGCUUGAGAAGAUUUCUUGAGUGUUAAAACAUUUACAGUAAUAUUAAACACUAUUUUUUAAAUUUGAUUUCAUUUUAUGUGGAACUGUAAAGAGAGUUGUUGUUGCUGUUGUCAUUUUGGAUAGAUUUCCCUGAUUUGCUUGCUGAACUGUAAAUGUCUUGAAUGUGUGUGUGUGUGUGUGUGUGUGUGUGUGUGUGUGAUGAGAGUUGUUUAUUUAUAUGUGGCUAUUUAUUUUAAAUAAAAGUAAAAUUCCUAAAA